GAAAAAAAGGGAUUUUUUUGAAUUUGUCCGAUAAGUAAAUAGAAAAUGUGUGAAAAUAUUAAAGGCGAAACGAAGACAGAUGAGCAGCCUAAAGAAUAUCCCUUGAUGUACGUUCGAGGGUUUGCAUUUCCAGGACUGUUCCAGCCUGAUGACAUUGAGAAGGUUUUAGAUUUUAAACCCCGAGAUACAGACAUAUUCGUUGUCACUUAUCCAAAAUGUGGAACAACUUGGAGUCAAUUUAUUGUGUGGGAGAUUUUAAAUAAAGGAGCCAUACCACCAAGUCCAAAUGCAAUGAUGUUUAAACAUUUUCCCUUCUUAGAAGUGACUGGUGUUGAUGACUUAGAAAACCAUCCUCCUCCAAGACCUUUGAAAACACAUUUACCUUACAAUCUUCAGCCAUACAAUUCUUCAGCAAAAUAUAUUUAUAUCACCAGAAAUCCGUAUGAUUGCUGCGUAUCUUAUUUCUAUCACCUCCAAAUGGAUAACUGGAAUCCCAAACUUAGUUUCAGUGAACAUGUUGAAGCUUUUACCUCAGGAAAGAUACCAUUUGGCGACUUCUUUGAUCACGUGUUAUCGUGGUACAAACAUAGAAAUGAGCCAAAUAUUUUAUUUCUUACUUAUGAGGGUAUGAAGAGAAAUAAAAAAGAAACGAUUCUAAAAAUUGCCAAAUUUCUGGGUGAAAAUUAUUACAAAGAUCUGCAAGAUGAAAAAGUAAUGGAAAAUUGCCUAAAAUAUUCGGAUUUUCAAUACAUGAAAGAAUUAGGCAUGUUUUUCCCUGAUCUUCCUGAAAAGGAUAGAUCACUCGAACUGGAUAGAGAAAAAAUGAAAGCUAUGUUGAAAGGGUUAGCUCUUCCAGACAAAAGGAUAGGUAAUACGGAAAAUUUUAAGGAGCAGAACUUUUUUAGAAAAGGUGAAAUCGGAGAUUGGAAAAAUCACUUUUCACGCGAAGACAUCAAAAAGUUUAAUGAAUAUGUGAUUAGGAAAUUAAAAAAUACUGAUAUGGAAAAUUAUUGGCUUCUUGCAGAUGAAGAAACGUCAUUUUAAACUUAAACUAUUAAAAUUAUUUGCUGUAAUUUUAUUUUAAUUCAAGAACCAUGGACCUUAUAUAAACACUAAAUAAACUAUUGCACUCUUAAUUAUGAUUAUAACGAAUUAACAUUACCUGUUUCAAAACUCUAAAAAACAAUUGAAUAGAAAAAGACCAACUAUAACAACAAGGUCGAACUUAUAUUUAUAUUGUUGUAAUCUAAAAUGAGCAACGUGUAUUUGGAUCUAUAUUCUUUA